AUGGUUACAAUAGAUCCACUGGCUCCAUUUGCGAGGCUGGCCCCCUCGGUCUACAUCCAAGACCCAGAAACAAACCAAGCCACUCGACCAAUCAUACUCAUUGCAUUCUGGAUGAAUGCACCCCCACGUGCCCUGGCCAAAUACGUGGCCGAAUAUAGACGCAUGGUACCAACAGCUCGAAUCAUCUUUGUCCGGAGCUCCUCAAAUGAUUUCAUGUUUCGCUCGUCCCAGAGUCAGCGGGCCCGCAUGGCACCGGCCGUGGAAGCAAUGCGUACCUUUGUGGCCCCUGAGAACCCGGUCUACAUGCACAUGUUCUCUAAUGGAGGAUUAUCCAAUAUCACCGGUCUACUCCAAGCCUGGAACGACAUUAUGGGGACAUCGCUACCUAUCUCUUCUAUGAUUCUGGAUAGUGCACCAGGAAAGUCAACGUUGCGAUCUGGGCUGAAGGCCUUCUCUUAUGCGCUUCCGAGGAUGUGGAUCUUGCGCUUGCUGGGAAAAGCUAUGCUUUUUGCUCUCUUGGUUUUCUUUAAGCUGGUUCAUGUCUUCUCUGUUUCUCUGGAUCCGAUCUCCCUUGCUCGGAAGGUGAUCAAUGAUACGUCUUUGAUGCAGGCGGCUAAUCCGGAGAAGGCCCUCACUCGCUGUUACAUUUACUCAGAUACUGAUGAGUUGGUUGACUGGCGGGACACGGAGUCUCAUGCUGUGGAGGCGGAGGCGCAUGGUUGGGUGGUUCGUCGUGAAUUGUUCAAGGGUUCGGCUCAUGUUGCGCAUAUGAAGGUUGAUCCGGAUCGGUACUGGGGUAUUGUCAAAGAGCAUUUGGGUCCUUUGAUUUCGGGUUGA